ACUUUUCCCACAUUAUGGAUGAACAUAGGCAUUACCCUUUUUUAAUGUUGAACAUAAAUUUGACACUAUUUUAUGAAGUUGAUCUCAGCUGGGCUAUCCUCAACCUCAACCGCGAAUCUGGAAAUUUUCUGGGCGGAUGCUAAGAUUUCUCAAAUUCGGAUAGAGCAGGAUGUUGCGACCAUAAUCCAAGCUUGGAGGGAUCAUAUAUGUGCAUUAGGCCAUGGUUUCCCUCCUUAAAUGUCAUAAUUUCAUUUGCCGGGUCAGAGGCAAUAAGGACAUGCCAUUACGAACAUGGUUUGGUUGCGACAAUUCAGAGCUCUGGGGUCAAGUUUUGCUAAAUUCGUUGAAGUCUUAUAGAUUUGCUAUGCAGUCAAUCCCUUGCAUACUCUAAUUCGUUUUCUAUAGAAAUAAUAUUCAGAACACAAUGGGUUUACGUGGCACUGUUCCAUUGGCAAAUGGUUUCAACUGCAAUGAACAAGUUCAGGUCCCUGGGUCAUUUGCUUCAGUUCAUUUAUGCUAUGGCUACUCGGUAAAUAGUAUGCUUGCCAAACCUAGUUUUGCAUCAUGCUCUCAAGUUCACAUGUCAUUCAAAUCAAAGAAGUCAAUGUGUUGGAAUACGACUCGGUCAAGUAACCCUUGUUCUCCAGGGCUGAGAUGUCAAAUUCACCCUAUGGCUGCCCUUAAAAAAGAAACAGUUUGGCAAGUUUUUCAUCAUUGUCUCCAUAUUAGUGGGAUAGAAAGAAGGAGAAUUUUGAGCGUUUGUGCUUCCAUAGCAGAGUCUUCAAUAAAAGGUCUGGGCACAGAGGAAAUUCCAGUAGAAAGUGGCAAAGAGGAUAAUGCUUAUGAAGACCCUUUGCCAUAUGGAUUAUAUCCAUAUUUAAUGCCAAAACAUGUAGCUAUUAUAAUGGAUGGAAACUCUAGGUGGGCUGAGCAGAGAGGGUUGCCAUCUACUGAAGGGCAUCGAGCAGGUAGGAUAGCACUAACUGAAGCUGUCAAACUAUCCUGCAAGUGGGGCAUCGAGAUUCUCACUGUAUUUGCCUUUUCAACAGAUAACUGGCUUCGACCAAAGACAGAGGUUAGGUAUCUGAUGGACUUAUUUCAGUUUGUCUUAGAAGAUGAAUUGGAAACCUUAAAGAGAGAAAAUAUUCGUUUGUGUGUGAUUGGAGACUUAGCUGUUCUAACAAAGUCCUUGCAAACAUCAAUUGUAGAAGUAGAAGAGAUGACAAAGAAUAAUUCUCGUCUAAAUCUUAUUAUUGCUCUAAGUUACAGUGGUCGAAAUGACAUAGUACAAGCCUGUCGGCGACUUGCUAGACAAGUAGAGGAUGGCAAUCUCAAGUCCACUGAUAUUACAGAAUCGCUGUUUGAGAAAGAAUUGGAAACAAGCUGUGUGGGAGAUUUUGGGAGCCCUGAUUUGCUAAUCCGUACAAGUGGUGAGCAGAGGCUCAGUAAUUUCUUACUAUGGCAAUUGGCAUAUACUGAACUCUAUUUUGAUGAUUCUUUCUGGCCUGAAUUUGGAGAAGCUCAAUACGCUGAAGCUUUACGCUCUUUUCAGCGUCGACAUAGACGAUUUGGGAAGCGUGUUUGUAACAAAACAAAUGGCACUAUAAAUUUCUAAUAUAUCAUGCAAUCUUAGGUUUGUAUAAUUAGAUUUCAUUCUUUGCUUUUGGAAUGAGCAGUAUUAUUUGAAUGCCAUACGAAAUCUUCAAUCCUUUUUGUGCAUUCUACAAGGUGUUAAGUGUUAACAAAGAUUCAAAGUUUCAAACUAUUCUUCGUCUUUGUCAAUUACAACUUUCUGCAUAAACAUUUCCUACAUAUUGUUAUUGUGUAAUGAUUUUACAUUUUUAUUAGCUUUUGAGGAAGGAAUAUUUGUCCAUACA